AGCCAGUUGCAGCAGCACUCGGAGUUUUAACGAAAUUUCAUAAGACAACGACCAUUUUCUUCGCUGCUUAGUAAAACCGGAAAUGGCCAGUCCAAGGACAAGGCGUGUACUGCAAGAGCUUAAGCCACAAGAUGAAAAUUCGAAAUGUUUUGAAUGUGGUACCCAUAAUCCACAAUGGGUUUCAGUAACAUAUGGCAUAUGGAUUUGCUUGGAAUGUUCGGGAAAACAUAGAGGCCUAGGUGUCCAUCUCUCAUUUGUACGUUCCGUAACAAUGGACAAGUGGAAAGACAUUGAAUUGGAAAAAAUGAAAGUAGGUGGUAACCGUAAUGCUCGUGAGUUUUUUGAAGACCAAGAUGAUUGGAACGAUCGUGCUCCUAUCACUCAAAAGUACAACUCAAAAGCAGCUGCUUUAUAUCGCGACAAGAUAUCCACUUUAGCCCAGGGCAAACCAUGGGAUAUAACAGAAGCAAAGAAGCGCUUAGGUUCGACGGCGUCAACAACAACAUCAUAUGGUAGUUCAAGUGGUAGUUAUGCUACGUCUACCAACAACUCAUCAAUGGCACAUUCCAGGAACAGUGGAAACUACCAACAGACUUCUGGCGGUGGCUACCAAAAUGGUGGCAAUGGUUCUAAUAAUGACCUUGGCUAUCAACAAUUCCAAACGCAAGAAUUUAAAGAUCAAAAAGAAGAAUUCUUCUCACGCAUUCAAUCUGAAAAUGCCUCAAGACCAGAUCAUUUACCGCCAAGCCAAGGAGGUAAAUAUAGUGGCUUCGGUUAUUCUCGCGACCCACCGGCAAAAACCCAAUCUCAAGAACUUAUUGAUACCACUUUAUCGUCUCUAGCUUCGGGAUGGAGCUUACUCUCAGCCGGAGCUUCGAAGUUUGCUGUUAUUGCAAAAGAAAAAGCUGUUAAUACAGCUAAUAUAGCUUCAUCAAAGAUAAAUGAAGGUGGUUUAAUAGAAACCUUACAACAUUCAGUCACUGAAGUGGCAACAAAGGUUACUGACAUUGGUAAACGUGGAUGGAAUAAUUUAGCGGGCAGUAAUUUUACAUCACCAGGAGAACAAGGUGGUGGUGGUUAUGGCGAUUUUAAUCAAGAAAAUUCUUAUCAACGUUCACACUCUGUAAGUGGAAAUAUUGCUUCAGGCAUGGGAAAUCAAUCGAAUGCCAGUGACAACGAUUGGGGAUGGCAAGAUAGCCCACAAAAACAAAUGCCCACAUCUAAGUCGUACCACAAUCAAUUUAGCAGCAAUUCUAACAGCGGUGCUGGUAGCCGCAAUGCUGCUGCGACUUCAUCAUCUCUAAACAACGAUGAUGACGAUUGGUCUGGUUUUGAUAGUUACCAAGACUCCACAACUUCGUAUCAAAAUUCAACACCAUUAACUUCGACAACAAAUGCAGCAGCAACAACUACUAAAAAUUUGAAAUUGGCUUCUACUACACAAAAACUAAGUGAAGGUUUUGAUAGUUUAGACGUGAAAAGUGCUAAAAUUAAACCUGUAGCCAACAAAACAGCCGAAGAUGAUGCUUGGAAUUUGCUUAUGAAUUGAAACUUGAUUUAUUUUUUUCAUUGAUUAAAAUUUAAAUUACCAUUGAUAUGUAUGUAUUUAUUAUAUGGAUUUUUAUUCUUGUCUAUGUAAUUCGCUGUUUUAUUAUUAUUUUCGUUUAUUUUCUGUUGUUUAUUGUUCUAUUUACUUUAUAUUAGAUACUUUUCUUUAAAACUUUACUAGCAAAUUUGCGAAAACAAAGGAAUAAGAAAAUAUUGGUUGAUUUAACAAAUAUGUGAAUUUCAAUUAUAUAAACGAAUAUAUGUAAUGAUAAUGAAUAUAAAUAAUGAAACAAUUAAAAUAAUAUUAAAAAGAAAAAAUAUAUAGUAUGCAAUUCUA